CCGAGCGGUUUCUCGUGAUUGUUUCUCUCUCUACACGAACAAAACCACCACCACCACCUUCUUCUUCUUCUUCUUCUUCUUCUUCUUCUUCAGGUACUCACUCUCCUCUUGCUUAUUCAUACUCUGUUUCUCUCCUUUCAUGCGCUUCUCCCUUCUGGGUCUCUGCUCGUUCCUUCGUAAUCCCCGGCUUUCGCUUCUCCACGCCCCGCCGCGAUCGCCGGAAUCCCCGUUCUCGGUUGAUCGGUAGGACGGUGGACCCGCUAGUUCUCUCGAUCACCCACUGUUUCUUUUCCGCAGGCGCUUCGAAUCCCUCGAUUCGUUUCGGCCGGAGAUAUCCCUUGCGGGGAGGAAGCUUUCUUUUUUUUGGCCUUUUUUAUAUGAUCCGGAGGACGUCCAUGGCGUCUUCGAGCCCCGCCUUCAGCUCCGAAACAGCGGCUGAUUCCCACCGCAAGAAGCGAAGGAAAAUCGAAGCCGACGACGCCGGGGACCUGAAUCGGAACCGGAAGGAGGCCGCGAGGAGCGAGAUCAAAUGGAGGGCCCCCACGCAGCAGCGGCAAUACUCCACCAAGCUCGUCCAGGCUCUGUCGAGGUCUCGCCGGAGCUCCUCCUCCGCGGCGGCGGCUCCUUCGUCCGGGGCCGGGGAAGUCCGCGGGAUCGCGGACCGAGUCCUGGCGACGGCGGCCAAGGGGAGGACCCGGUGGAGCCGGGCGAUCCUGGCGAGCCGGCUGAGGAUGAGCCGGCUCGGCAAGCACCACAGGAGGGCGAGGGCCCCGACCGGGCGCGGCCGGCUGAAGAAGCCGCCACCGGCGGGGGCGCUGGAGGGUGGGAAGAGGAGGUUGCCGGCGGUGGAGAGGAGGGUGAAGGUGCUGGGCCGGCUGGUCCCCGGUUGCCGGGGGAUCUCGGUGUCGAACCUCCUGGAGGAGACGAGCGACUACAUUGCGGCCCUCGAGAUGCAGGUGCGGGCCAUGACCGUCCUCACCCAUCUCCUCUCCGGGUCGCAGACGCCGAGCGACCACCUCGGCUCCCGCUCCGGCUCGGGCUGAGCCGGGAGCCGCGGCCCUCGCCGUCGCAAGAGGUGGUCAUUAGUUUGUAAUGUUUCUCUUUCUCUUUUUUUUUUCGAUUUUUUUUUUUUGUUUCUUCGAGAGAAUUAAAAUUUUCAUGUUGUUAUUCUAUUCUA